GGGGGUGGGAGCCGCUCAGGUAAACACCCAAGAUGGCGGCGGCGGCGGGAGGAGGAGGAGGAGGCGGUGGCGGCGGCGGGCGGCCGGGCCUGGCGGAGCUGCCCGGGGAGCUGCUGGAGCUGAUCCUGUGCUGCGGGGUGCUGGGCGCCGCCGACAUCGGGAGGGUGGCCUGCACCUGCCGCCGCCUGCGGGACGCCUGCCAGCCCCGCGGCAAGGUGUGGCGGGAAUGCUUCCGCCUCAGGUGGCCAUCGCUGCUGAAAUACUACAGCCACACAGACGGUGUUAGCUGGCUUGAAGAAUACAAAGCGCGGCACAAUGCUGGACUAGAAGCCCAGAGAAUUGUAGCUUCGUUCUCCAAAAGGUUCUUUUCAGAGCACGUCCCCUGUGAUGGAUUCAGUGACAUCGAGACUCUUGGAUGCCCAAGUCACUUCUUUGAGGAUGAGCUGAUGUGUAUCCUUAACAUGGAAGGAAGGAAAGGCCUCACCUGGAAGUAUUAUGCAAAGAAAAUUCUCUACUUCCUACGGCAACAGAACAUAUUAAAAAAUCUGAAGGAGUAUCUUCAACGCCCUACUGAUCAGCAGUCAUUUUUAGAGGGUGCCGUUUUAAUUGACCAAUAUUGUAACCCGCUGUCAGACAUCUGCUUAAAAAGUGUCCAGGCACAGGUGGAUGAUAUCACUGAUAAAGUGCGCAAAGUCCUUCGGACGAAAAAUGCGAGGCACCCCAGCUUGGCUUCCAAGGCAGGAGAGGUCCUGAUUCCAGAAGUGGAGCUUCAGCGGCAGGUACUUGAUGCUAUGAAUUGUGUCCUGUAUGAGCAGUUAAAAUACAAAGGAAAUGAGCUGGAUUACUAUAACUCCCUGAAUUCAUACAUUCACCAGGUUUUGAUCCGCAGGACAGGAAUUCCCAUCAGUUUGUCCGUGCUUUAUUUAACAAUUGCCAGGCAGCUGGGAGUCAAACUUGAGCCAGUCAACUUCCCUAGUCAUUUUCUGCUGCGAUGGUGUCAAGGAAAAGAAGGAAGCACAGAUAUUUUUGACUACACUUACAUUGACGCCUUUGGGAAGGGGAAGCAGCUGACCGUGAAGGAGUGCGAGUACCUUAUAGGCCACCACGUGACGGAGGAGUUCUAUGGGGUGGUGACUUCGAAGGAGGUCCUGCAGCGCAUGGUGGGAAACCUCUUAAACCUGGGCAAGCGAGAAAGCACUGAUCAGUCUUAUCAACUCUUGAGAGACUCGUUGGAUCUGUACCUGGCCAUGUAUCCGGACAAUGUGCAGCAUCUAAUGCUCCAGGCUAGGUUAUACUUCCACCUGGGAAUCUGGCCAGAAAAGGUUCUGGACAUCUUGCAGCACAUUCAGGCCUUGGAUCCAUCCCAGCAUGGGGCGGUCGGGUACUUGGUUCAGCAUACCCUAGAGCAUAUUGAGCGUCGGAAGGAGGAGGUGGGACCCGAGGUGAAGCACCGCUCGGAUGAGAAACACAAAGAGGUCUGCUUUUCCAUUGGGCUGAUUAUGAAACACAAGAGAUAUGGCUACAACUGCGUCAUCUACGGCUGGGAUCCUGCCUGCAUGAUGGGACAUGAAUGGAUCCGAAACAUGAAUGUCCACAGCCUCCCACAUGGCCCCCACCAGCCUUUCUACAACGUGCUAGUGGAAGAUGGCUCUUGCAGAUACGCUGCUCAAGAGAACCUGGAAUACAACUCUGAGCCUCGGGAGAUUCCUCACCCUGACAUCGGCCGCUAUUUUUCCGAGUUUACCGGCGUUCACUACCUAGCAAAUACCGAGCUAGAAAUUCGGUACCCAGAGGAUUUGGAGCUGACGCGCGCCACAGCUCAGAAGAUCUACAGUUCAGGCAAGGAGUGAGCGCAAAAGGCGUUGUGAGGACAGAAGCAGCCAGAGUGUAGCUUUGCCCUCUUCUGCAAAACUUGCCUGGAAGGCAAGUUUGGUGACAAUCCUUUGGCUUUAAUGCAUUGAAAACUGCAUUAAACUUCAUAACCGGUGCUAUAGCAUCUUUCCGUUGCCUGCCUGCCCAUUCUGGCCCACGGGGACACGUCGGUAGCUGAGGCCAGGCAUAAGGAUCUCGCAGGGACAGUCGUGCUAGGGAAGCGCCUUGUCCUACGGAAAGAUUUGCCCCUACUGCUCGUUCCGUGGUCGUCUUGCCUAGGAGGUUGGCUCAGUGAGACCCCUGGUGUGGAAUAUUGGAAGAAACUCCAACUUCCAGAGAAGUUGCUUGUCCUUGCAAUGUUGUGGGGUUUUUGUUUGGUUGUUUUCGUUGUUGGGUUUUUAUGUAUAUCUCAUGCAGGUGAUAGUUUUUAAAGCCUCCUCCGUCUGACUGUGUCUCCUCCGGUCUGAAUCUUUGGUCGGAUUGUGCUUCACCUCUGUAGUCUGAUUGUUCACAGAGCUACUCUUCCCAUUCUGAGCAUCCUUACGGGCUGGGAAGGAGCCCCUGCAGCAAAACCAGGAGCAGCAGCAAGGUUUCCAGGGGUGCCAAGCACCGUGGUAACACCGAGGUCCAGCCGGCCACCUCACACCUGACACAGACUCUCCUAAAGCAGAAGACGAGCUGCCAGCCCUUUCCUGCGCCUGCCAAACCCACCCAGCCCGUGUUCUUACCUUGUUCUUUGUUCACUGUGUGUGUUCUUGUGACCUGAGUGCUCCCAGGAUGACCCUGAGCCCCUCGGCACCGCUUCGGGGCAGCUCGGAGGUCGCUGUCGGAACAACCCCACGGCCCAUGGGGAGCUGCUGGUCACCGCUGCCUCUGGGCUGUGGGUAUUUAUGCAAUACAGUGGGAUCGGGACUGGAAACGGGCCAGCCCUGGAGACAGCCCAGCAGCGUGUGGAAGAGAGAUGUUAAUUCCUGCAGCUCGAGGCCUUUUUCCUUUUUGCCAAAGGAGAGCGGAUUUUGGUGGGGGUGGAGCAGGGACACGCACUGCAGUGCCCAGAAGGGAAGAGGCUUAGCAGCUCCGUGCACGUGAAUUUCCACACGGCUUAAAGGCCCAAACAGAGUCACUGCAGAGAAGGUUUUCCUCUGCAUUCAGGUAUUAUGGGGUGCAGAAUGACAUAUCCAGAGCUUGCAGAGCUCUGGUUCCUGAAGCAAAGCCUGCAGGCUGGCUGCAGCAGCGUGCCCUGUCACUUCGCAGUUACACCGUAGCUCUGUCAGAGAGUUAGGCACCGUGCCCUGUUAGGUGGAGGCUCUUAGUCUAUUAUAGCACUUCAAAUAUCACCACGUGCCAUCCCACACCCCUCCUCCUGAGAGAAUGCUUGACCUGCAUGCCACCCUGCUGAAGUACAGAGCACCGGUUAAAUAGGAGAAAUAAAUACUGGCAGCCCAGCGCUUUUCCCAGGGGAGCGGUGGUGGUGGUCUGCAGGAGCCGUGGUGCUUUACAACAGCCCUGCGUGGUGAGGGUGCUGUGCUCCGGGUACCACUGCAUCUUUCAGUAGCUGUGUACUGAAAUGAAUUUGGAGUUGGGGGGACGAAUUUCCUCAGAAGCUGAAUGGAUCCAAGUGAAAGCAGGGCAGGAAAUCAUCAGGCAAAACCUUAAAAUCCAUCCCUCUUGGUUUUGAGGGUUGGAGUAGAUAGACUUUGAUCCUACAACCCUUUCUGAGGGUUGAAAGCAGAUCCCAAAGCAUCCUGACAGGGAUGCAAGGUAGGGAAUGCAACACGAGGUCAAUGCUGGUGGUUUGGAACAGGAGCAGGGCUCCCCGUUCCCAGCCUCGGCUCUGAUGGUGCCCUGGGGCAGUGUCCGUGUCAGAGCAUUUCCUGGGGCUCUGUGUGUCCCUCUGCCAGUCUGGUGGCACCUUGCCCCUCACAAGCACACCCAGUUACCACGCCCCGAGCUCCUGUCUGAAUGCCAAGUAGAACCGUGCCAUAACAAAGCCUAACAGAGCUGCCCAAAGCUGCUCUGAAAACUCCUGUGUUCCUCCUGCAGCCUGGGGGAUGGCGGUGUUGCUUGAUGUGGGCUCAGUCUGUAACUAGUCUUGGGGAGGGGGAAUUGCCCCGUGAGUUUGUGCAGCUUUGGUCCCACCGUGUGUUUUCCUAUGCACCCGGUGGCUCCCCUGUCCCCAUCUCCUCUCCUGGCCAUGCAGCCGCCGUUUUCCCAAGAAGGCAGGAGAGGAUCCCAAAAGUUCCCUCCCUGUGGUCCGUGCGUAGGGUCUGGGUCCCCAUGAGCGAUGUCCGUGUGCUCGAGAUGUGUGUCACGCCUCACCACCUGUCCUCUCUUGUGUCUGUGCAGAGCUCACUUGGAAAAGGGGCUGUUUUGCUUCCAGGAGGAGGUGGAAUUACUGCAUGAGCUCCCAAAAAAGCCCAGCCUGGUGGGCGUGGGGUGGCACCAGCAGCCCCUGGCUCCCCUGGGGCAGGGGGUGCAGCUGAUGCCCCUUUUCUCCCUCGCCUUUUUGUGCCAUAAGCUGGGGCAGGGCAGGUGCUGUCACCUCAAAAUAGCUUUCUGGGGAGUGAAGGAAAAAAUAAUAGAGGGUGGAGGGGGAAGAGGAGGCGUGGAGGCAGCAGGGGGGAGGCAGGCAGUAGCAGGAGGUGCCUGACCUGGGGGAAAAGGGAAAAUAACUGUACAGGGAGACGGGCUGUGGGCUGGGUUAGAGCAGGGCAGGGGGCUUGUGGCUCCCCUGUGCCAUGGGGCAGAGCCCCUCGGGCAGGGAGCAAGGGCUGGGGGCUGCAGCCUCCUCGAGAGGUCCAUCCUGGUGCUGCUGCUCCGGAGGGAGGCCGGGGAGCUGCAGGUCCCCCUGGCAGCGUGGGGCAGCCUGGAAGCGAUGCGGUUCCUUUCCUCUUUGUGCGUGGCUUCAAAUAAAAUAAAGCAAACCAUCCCCCCUUGGUA